CUUGCACACUUCCUGGAAUAGGAGUUAAACUACUUAACUUGCCGUCUGUGAGUCAGUUCGCUUGUACAAAACGGAUACUAUGUCAUCUUCGAAGCCAACACGACACAGAUGUUCUGCCAUCCCUGGCUAUCAAGAGGGUUAUUUAGAAAAACUAGAAUCUAAAAGCCAGAAGUACAAGAGGUUCUGGACCGUGCUAAGAGGGAACAACCUGUUUUUUCAAGUGACUAGCCGGGAUCCAAUGUAUAUUGAGAAACUCAAUCUCGAUGACUUGGUGUCUGUGGAAAGUGAGGACAGCCUUAACAAGGACCUGCAAGUGCCCAACUUAAUUCUAAGGCUGAAACAUGGCGACGUUAAAUUAAAGGCAGAUAGCCUGGAGAGUCGAGAGCAGUGGAAAAGCUUUAUUCUCACUGUUGCAAAGUUGGAGAUUCCCAACCUGGCUCUCCUCCCUGGACAGAUUCACAGGCUUAAGGAAGUACUGGAGGAAGAGAUAAAAGAACGCAGCAAGUUAACAGCACCACCUCUCCUAGCACGAUCAAGGACUCCAGAGCCUGUCGAGGACAAUUAUGACGACGUAGAGAACUUGCCCAGUUGCUACUACAAGAUCUCACGAGUUGAGGCUGAGAUCAUGUUGGAAAGGAGCAUGGAGUAUGGAAACAUAUUAAUGAGACCUGGCAGUGAUAACAAGAGUUUUGCAAUUACAACCAGGCAAAUGUUCAAAGGCAAUGCACUUGUAAAGCACUACCGAGUACGCUGUGCAGACAAUGGGUACAUCAUUGAAGUUGACAGUGGAGUCUUGUGCAACAGUAUGCAGGAGAUAAUUGACUAUUUUGUUCAAUACACCAAUGGAGCUUUGAAGCCUUUGGAAAGAUCUAUGGACUAUGAAAUCAACCUGAGUUUUGUGCAGGAAGAUGUUGAGAGUGGAGAAUUAAUCCAUCAGAAGCAACAACAGACACCCACAAAAACACCAACCAGGAAAUCACUCCCACCAGUUAAGGAAGAGAAACCAAGUCCGAAGAUUCCUAUAAUAUUAGAACCAGAAGGAAAGUACCUCAAUGAUGCUGAAAUUGAGAAACUGAGUCAAGUCAAAAUAGAAACUCAACCCAAGAAGAUGCCAAUGCUACCGCCUUCAAAAACUCUGACGCAGGCACAUUCUUCUCAAUUCAAAGUUCUCCCUGGAUUAACAUCAGCUGUCAAUAGUGAGCUCCGCACAAAGUUGAUGGAGAGAAAGGUGGCAAUGAAUGAGUGAUAUUCUUCCCAAUAGCAUUCACACCUAUCAGUGGCCUAGAGAAGCAUUAAGUGAAGAAAUGGGAUUUGAGUGGAACAUAUUGUGGUCCAAACAUUUAACACCUGGAUGUUAAAAUCAUUGAGGGGGUUGACUUCCCUUUUGGGUAAUAUCAAACCAAACUUCUUCACAACAACUGUACAUUUAACGUUGAUUCUUUGAUAUGAUUGCCAUUGAUGCACUUCCUGUUUAAUGGUAGUCAUGAGUUAACUGAAAGAUAUUCAAUCUUGCAACCCAAAUUGUACUGUGUAAAGUAGUUGUUUUGACUAAAAUGUGAUGAUGUGCCACUUUUUUUUACACUAAAUUGAAAAAGACACAAACAUUUAUUUUGAUGAUGGGAUCAUAGAUAUUUGUGCUAAUUCCUUGCAGUGACAUACCUGAAUUUCACUGGGCUUGUACCUUGGUGAACAUAGGUCACUGGUCAUGAUAGUGUACAAAUUAGAGAAUUUGAGACUUCCACAGACUGAGAUGAGUGAAUUAAAGUUAUGGUGAGCUUGGUGGCUUUUAGUGUGAACUCCAAUGUUCAAUGGGCACAUGUGGUCUAAUUUUAAAAUAGAGAAAUUAUGUUAAAUAUAUCUGAAACUAACAGGUAAAUCAAUAAUGAAAGAUUUGCAUACUGUUUCAUUUAAUCAAUUAACCAGGGAAUAUUAUAGGUCUGUGGAGCUUAUUCGUGGGAUGGAAGAAUGCCUAUGUAUUAAUUCAUUUCAUGAUUCAUUGUAUCAUUUACUUAUUAUCCAUUAGGUGGUGGAGCCUAGCUUCUGAUAUUUUAAUUAGAGGAGCAAAAGUGGUGACGUAAAGGAGAUUUUCAGUUUAAUUGAAGAAAAGAUCAUAAGGUGUAGAAAAAUGGGAGUGGGUGCAUGAACAGCUGCUUGAAUACUGAUGAGAAUGAGCAAAGUACAAGUUUGCAAGCUAUCUAACCUGGAUUGUAAGAAUUGUGAAAGCAUGAACAUAAGAUGCCUAAGCCUCAAGUUCGACUUAUGAUUUCGCCUCCCCUUAAUUACCCAACACCACAUGAGUGUAGAUGUGUGGAACAGAUCCCAAAAGAAUGAAAGGAUGAUAUAAAUACAGAUAGAGAUUAAUUGAUCUCCGCUGGGAACAUCAUUAAUUCAGGACUGGUGGAGAUUAGGAAUGUGGGAAGAAGGAAAGCUGGUUUAUAACGUGGAACGUAAAGUUAGGUUGGAAUGGAGUUUGAAUUGGUGGGGAAGUGGGCGAGGGAGUUGGGAAAAUUUUGCCGAACCCUCCCUCAGGAGAUUAAACAGAUUUGUUAGAGUUCAUGGUAGGGUAGAUCAUACAUGAUCUAAAAGAAACAACCUGACCUGAAUAGACUAAAUGGCUUUUUGUUUGUUCUCUUGUAUCUGACGUCUACCCACACUCCUCAGUUGGGAGGAGAGAAAACAGCCAUCAGGGCAGCUUGAGUUUAACAAUAAGCAAAGAGUACCCAAAUGGGAAUAGCCUGGUGGGGGACCAAGAAUCGCAUUAAAAUUGGAAUGACAAGCAAUGAAAGGGUGAGCAACACCACUAGAGUGCAGCUUCCUAUUUUUUUAAAAUAACACUCAUUUUCCUCAUUUUCAAAGUUGCUAUAUAGGACUACAUGUGGACAGUAACGUAUGCUUUAUAACAAAGCUAAGCUGAGUAACCAGCAGUGCUGUGAAAUAAUCUCUAAAUUUAUUUAAGCAUAGUGCACUUAAUGUUAAGUACUUUGUUCUAGAUUUAAUUGAAUAAUUUAAUGUGAAUUUUGAAUGUAUUCAAUUAUGUUGAAAUGAUAUUUAGUAGAUUACAUUAUAAAACAGAAUUAUGUUGCUUUUUCCUCCAAGUUUCCCCCUCCCCCACACUCCAUUCUGAAGGCAGUGACUCUUGUUGGCCAUGGUCCCAUGGGUGCUGAUGACCCUUAAGUAGCUCACCCAAGGUGGCUCCUCUUCUUGUGUGAUCUUUAAUAGUAUUGCUGGGUUACUUAGGAUGGAGCACAAAAUAUAACCAAUGUCUGGUUCUGUCCUUACUCAAGCAAAGCUUAAUCCUGUCUUCACUCAGGCUUGCAGUACAAUCACUGUAUCCUGAUGCUUUCCUGUAAAUACAGGGACAUUGAGACCAGCUAAGUAGAAUCUCCAUUGCUGCCUUGGCUGAAUUGAGUUAAUGUUGCCCAAAUCAGAACUUCUGGUCUAUAUGACUUGCAUACACUUUCUCAAGUUGCCAUUUAAAGGCGGAACAGGGGGGCAUCUGUAGAAAACAACAUAAAAGCAAAUUUUUGUAUUUGUUUACGGAUUGUACUGUUUUCUUAUUUCUAUAUUUAAGUGUAACUAUUUUGACAAUCAUAAUGAAAAUAAAGUGUUGACAAUUGACAAAA